UAAGGUUCUCCUUUCUCCAUGCGAGAUUGUCUCUGUCGACUUUCUUCCUCUAAAGCAGCUUCCGCACGACUUUUUGCAUUUAUAUAAGCAAGUUUUCUUCCAUCUGCACCCAGUUGUCUUCAGCAUGGCAGAACAGAACCACUCUCCUAGAAAGGAACUUCAGCACAGGACACGAGCAGAGUCUCCAGGAAAGAAAAGCUGGCAUUCCCAGGCCUAUGCCCUUGGGGCCAUUUCCAACUUUAUGUCUACUUUUCUGACCUUCCCUAUCUAUAAGGUUGUGUUCCGUCAACAGAUACAUGCUAUGGUGGUGUCAGAGGCUGUGCGACAGCUUUGGCAUGAAGGCCCUCAAUACUUCUACCGGGGAAUAUACCCACCUCUUCUCUCCAAGACAUUGCAAGGGACUCUACUGUUUGGGACUUAUGAUAGCCUGCUGUGUUCUCUCUCCCCUAUUGGGCCACACUCACUGGGACACCGCUGGACUGCAGGGCUCAUGUCUGGUGUGGUGGAGGCUGUGGCACUGAGCCCCUUUGAAAGGGUGCAAAAUGUGCUCCAGGAUGGUCGCAAGCAAGCUCGCUUCCCCAGCACCUUCAGCAUUCUCAAGGAAUUCAACUCUUAUGGGCUUUGGGGGCGGCUGUCACUGGGAUACUAUCGUGGUUUCUGGCCUGUCCUUCUCAGGAACAGCCUAGGGAGUGCUCUGUAUUUUUCCUUCAAAGACCCCAUCCAGGAUGGCUUGGCAGAGCAAGGCCUGCCCCAUUGGGUUCCUGCCUUAGUGUCUGGGAGUGUCAAUGGAACAAUCACCUGCCUAGUUCUGUAUCCUUUGAUUGUGCUAGUGGCCAAUAUGCAGUCCCAUAUUGGCUGGCAAAGAAUGCCAAGCCUAUGGGCCUCUGCCCAGGACGUGUGGGACACUCGGGGCCGAAAGGUGUUCCUCAUCUACCGUGGCGGCUCCCUGGUCAUCCUAAGGUCCAGCGUGACAUGGGGCCUCACUACUGCUAUCCAUGACUUCCUGCAGAGGAGAUAUCAUUCCAGGAAAGAGCUGAAAGACUAACUGUAGAAAGUGUGGCCAUGGCAACUUUGUUAUCCUAAGCCUUCCCAGUUGGUCUAAAUAGCUUACAUCUUUGGCUUGGUUACCUAAUGCAACAACUGUUUAGCAUCUUUGAACUGUGAGUGCAUGGGAGAAGUUGUCAACCACCAGCCUGUUGGGCAAAGACAAAGCCCAACAGGGUUCCUUGGCCAGAAAAAAGAAAGUCACCCCAGUCCAUCCACAGCUUCAACAGCCUCAGACCCAGGAGGCCCUUAAAAAAGCUUGUGACCCAGGUGAAAUGUCAUUCCUUUAAAUAAUUC